GAGAAAGCGGCGCGGGGUCGACGCAGCCCGCGGAUCGACGACUGGCCGCCGCCGCCCACGUGACGCCCCCUCGAAGCGGCCCAUAUUUGGGCAGCGCGAAUUGGGGGCAAAGCGAGCAGAAUCCCCACCUAUAAAUUCUGCGCUUUCCGAGGGACAGAACGGCGCCCCCCCCCCCCCACCCCCCCCCGCCGCCGCCCUCCCCACGCCGAACUUCAAAGGGCCACAAAUCAAGCGAAUCAAAGAGGUGCCAAAAAAAAGAAAAAACCUAAAAAAAAAAAAAAAAAAUAGGGGGGGGAGCGAGAGAAAGGAGCCCCCUCUAAAAAAAAAAAAAAAGAGAGAGAGAGAGAGAGAAAAUAUAUUUUUUUGAUGCCUUCCGACAUGAGUUCUUACGUAGCCAAUUCGUUUUAUAAGCAAAAUCCCACUGUUCCUGCGUAUGCCAUGCAAAGUUAUGGAAAUUAUGGAAGUGUGGCGGAGGUGCCGUCCGCCAGGUACUGCUACGGGGGGCUGGACCUGAGCAUCCCCUUCCCACCCGCGGGGGCUUCCAGCUCUCUGCACGCUCUGGACAUGGCUUCAGCCCCCCGAGCGACCCCCGAGCGACCUGCUUGCACAGUCACGGGCUCUCCGGGGCAUCCUGUAGCCCCAGACGACCAGGCACCUCUAAACGCAGGGAUUUACACCCAGAAGAGCGGUAACACGGCGCUGGAGGAGCGAUCUAAGAGCUCCGGCGAAAUCAAAGCCGAGCCCGUGCAAACAGCACAGCCGGGAGGACCACAACUGCCGCGGCAACAACCUCCACAAAUUUAUCCGUGGAUGACCAAACUACACAUGAGCCAUGAAACAGAUGGCAAACGCUCCCGAACCAGCUACACUCGCUACCAAACUCUGGAACUCGAAAAAGAAUUUCAUUUUAACCGAUAUCUCACCCGGCGGAGGCGCAUUGAGAUAGCCAAUAACCUGUGCUUAAAUGAAAGACAGAUCAAAAUCUGGUUCCAAAACCGGAGGAUGAAGUGGAAGAAAGAUUCCAAAUUGAAAAGCAAAGAGGCUCUUUAAAGAGGGGGGGCUGCCUCUAGAUGAGGGUCGGAUUAUUUACACCGGUUCUGUUGUAUCUACCUUGCGAAAACUUCUCCUUUUCUUUAUUUUUUGGGGGUGGGGAGGGCGGGGGUUGCUGGAAGGACUGUGUUACCUACCCUCACACAUGCAGCAGACAAAGGAGUUCUCUUAUUAGUAUGCAAAAGCAAAGAAAAUCCCGCUGUUAGCUUCAUGCAAAAUUUAGUGUAUCGCUCUUUAGAUUGUUUCUAAGUGUCCUAACCCGUGCGCUCUUUUUUGGGGGGAAAUCGCCGUGAUAUUGCUCAAAAACAAAACAAAAAUAUGCAUAUAUAUAUAUAUAUAUAUCCGCAGGGUGACUGGGUCAUAGUCUAUCAGCUCUAAAAUGGCAAUAUUCGUAGCAAAGCUGAGCUGCCGAGGAGGAAGGGAAAGAAAGGGGGGAGAAACCCCCCCAAAAAACAAAUGCCAAGCAAGUUGUCUGAAGUCACAGACUUUUUACUGUCUGCUGGCCCUGGUGGGAGAAGGAAAUUGCUGGUGGCUUUUCCUGCGUGCGAGGCAACAUCUGCCUGCCGGGAUGGUCCAGGGAAGACGCUCCGACACCUCCGCUUCGCUCUCUGAAGUCGGAAGGAAAAUGUUUACCCUCGCUGUGGGAUUGGGAAGCCCACGGCUGCUUUCCCAAAUGCACUUGUCCUCCGACCUAGCAAAACCUCCGAGAGGGCUUGAAAAGGGAGGGGGGGGGGUUCCGCGGUUCGUCCGCUCGUUUCCUCGGGGGGGCCAAGAGGGCAUUAUUUUUAUUUUUUAAUUGCGUAUAAAAGCGGUGAAUAGACCCCGGCUUGCGCGGAUGCUCCGAAAUCUCCGUGCAGGGGAGUUGCAGCAUGGGAGGCGGGGGAGGGAGAAAGAGCCUCCGCACCUAAUAUUAUUGUGUAUUUAUUGGUUGCGUCAUUAAUGUAGAGUCGCUAAAUGCUAAAAUCCAUAUUAAAAAUAAGACAAAAAGCCAAGAUGACCCCCAAUCUGUACAUCUGUGUUGAAAUUCGGCCCCUUGCAGGGAUACUUUGGGGUUUUUUCCCUGCACUAUUGUACUUGGUAUAUUUAUUGGUUGCCCUUUGCGUGUGCGAAAGGACCAGGCAACUUCUAUUUUGUCAUAUUGAAUAAACAGCGAAUAAUCCAAAA